AUGGCUGGAAAGAAAGCUGCAGCGCCUAAAGGCAAAGCUGCCGAAGAGAAGAAGAAGAAGAUCGUAGAGGACAAGACUUUCGGAAUGAAAAACAAGAACAAAUCGAAAAAAGUGCAACGCUACGUCGAACAGGUCCAGAAGCAAGCGGAACAAAUGGUUGGCGGCUCGCGAAAGGGCUCGCAUCAGACCGAGCCUGCGCAGCGGCAGUCCCGGAAGGCAGCAGAGGCAGCCCGAGCGGCAGAACUGGCUCAGUACUUUCGGCCAGUUCCCGCGGGUCCAAAGGCGCAGCGUCAGAACGACAAGGUAGAUCUCUACACGGAUCUCCGGGAGCAGAAAGCAGCAACCUCGAACAGUCAACCAGCUCCGUCAGGAACAGAGAUGGCCAGUUGGGAUAUGAAACAGCUGGAGGAGGUCAUUCAACAGCGGCACGGAUCACAGAAUCAACGGAACGCUACGCAAAUCGUCUGUCGAUAUUUUCUAGAUGCGCUUGAGGCUGGUCGAUACGGUUGGUUCUGGACGUGUCCAAAUGGUGGCGACAAGUGCCCAUAUCGCCAUGCACUGCCUCCUGGUUUCGUUCUGAAGCUGAAAAAGGCGAAUGACGAGGGUGUGAAUGAUCAGACCGCGGCUUCUGAGGCUGCUGCCCUCGAGGACGAGAUUGAGCGAGAGCGCGCACUCAUCUCAACCUAUACGCCGGUCACUUUGGAACGAUUUCUCGAGUGGAAAGAGCGGAAGCGAAAGGAAAGAGAGGAGCGCGAGCAACGCAAACGGGAUCAGGCGCUGAAACGCAUGGGCACACAGGGCAAUUCGAGUUACGUCAGGCACAAAGUGGCACUGGCGUAUGGCCUUUCAGGCCGCGAUCUUUUCGAAUACCGGCCAGAGCUCUUCGUCGAUGAUGCAAAUGCGGAUGAGACCAAAUACGAAGAACGCAACUAUGAAUCUAGCUCGGAUUCUCUCUCCAAUGCGAGCGACGACGAGGCGCUUCAGGAGACAACCGAGCGGCAAAGAGCAGAGCAUACGGAUCCCGCUUCCGAGCAUCCCCAUGAUGCGCUCGCUCAACGCAUGCAACAGACGCUGACGGUGUCGGAAUCGCCACCGCGGGACGUUGUGGGAGACGCUUCGCUGUUUGGCGGAUAG